AUGUCUCAAAAAACACAAGAACCCGUCAUCACCAAGCUUUCGGACCUCCCAAUCGAGGAGUCCAAGUGGGUAACACUCAAGAAGAUCGAGUACGUCGACCAAGUCGGCAAGGAACGAACAUGGGAAGUCGCAACACGAAAGACAAGAGGCAAAUCCGGUGUUGACGCCGUCGCUAUGGGAAACAUUCUUCUCCAUCCCUCGAAACCUGCGUCAACUCUGCUCGUCAUUCAAUAUCGACCACCUCUGGACGCCUACACUAUCGAGUGGCCCGCUGGACUCAUUGAUGCGGAGGAGACUGCCGAAGAAGCUGCUGUUCGAGAAUUCAAGGAGGAAACUGGUUAUGACUGCAAGGUUUUGAGCGUCAGCCCUGCUCAAGCUGCUGACCCUGGAAUGACAAACGCCAACAUGCAACUAGCCAUGGUCGAGGUUCAAUUGAGCGAGAACGAGGAGGAGCCUGAGCAGAGAUUGGAUGAUGGAGAGCAUAUUCAACGGGAGAUCAUUCCACUUGCUGAGUUGUAUGAGCGCCUUGUUGAGUACUCGAAGCGAGAGCGAACAGUGGUUGCGGCCAAGUUGUUUCAUUUUGCAGCAGGCAUGCAUUUCGCCCAGACACAAAAGUAUUUUUAG